GUUAAAAUUGUUGUCAUUGUUGUCAUUGUUGUCAUUGCUGGCGCCUCCAGUCAGCCGCGAUCAGUGGAAAUUGCACGUAGGCUGCAAAACGGGAGAAUGGUUCAAGACAUUUUGUGGAGAUAAACACGGUUCCACGUCGAAUCAGACAGUUCAACACCAAAUUAACAUAAGCAAUCGUUAUACGGGAUCAUCUUUCUUCUGUUUGCAACAUGGAUCUCGGACUUCCAUUUGGUUUUAGUUGUGCUGAAUCAAAGCAGGUUGACCUGAGAGUGAUGGUGAAAGAAGAGGAUCUAAAAGCAGAUGUGAAAGAGGAAGAGUGUGGUCAGCUCAUUGCAUGUCCAGGUGAAGAAGAAAGGUCCACUUGCAGUCCAACUCUACAGACAACGCAGAAGACGGAGGUGAAGGAGGAAGAGGAAGAGGAGGAAGAAGAGGAGGAGAGGCAGCAGGUUGACCUGCUGAGUGUGAUGGUGAAAGAAGAAGAUAUAAAAGAGGAGGAAUAUGAUCACAUGAUUGCAUGUCAAGAUGAUGAAGAAAAGCCGUUUGCAGAGUUUCAAUGUAAAACUGAAACAGACGUCACAGAGUCACCAAGGUCUACGUACAAUGAACUGCUACAGACAACAGUGAAGACUGAAGUGAAGAUAGAAGAAGAGGAAGUGAAGAAAGAGGAAGAGGAGGAAGAAGAAGUGAAUAAAGAGGAGGAAGAAGAGGAGGAGGAGCAGCAUGAACAUCUGUCUCCGUACAAUGAACUGCUACAGACCACAGUGAAAACUGAAGAGGAGGAGAAAGAAGAAGAGGAAGAAGUGAAUAAAGAAAAGGAGGAGGAAGAGGAGGAGGAGGAGGAGGAGGAGGAGCAGCAUGACCAGCCUGAUCUGCUGGAAAGUGUAUCAGAACACCCACAUACAAGGCAACAGAAGAUCCACAGACAGAAUGAAACACUCCACCUGCAACUCAGAAGAAGACUGCACCACUGCACAGCCUGCAGGAAGAGCUUCACGGCCCUGAGAGAACUCGAGAAACACCAGCAAACACACUGUCUUGGUGUUAAUCGAAAGCAGAGUACUGGCAAAACACAACAUAAAUGUGCCCCUAUGUUAACACGCACUAGAGAAAAGCCUCAUAAAUGUGUACAGUGUGGAAAAGUCUUUUCACAAAGUUCAGCUCUUAGUAGUCAUGUACAAAUACACACUGGAGAGAAACAUGAAUGUGCCCAGUGUGGAAAAACUUUUACACAACUUUCCAAUCUUAAAACCCACAUGCUCAUACAUAGUGGAGAGAAGCAUCAUCGAUGUACGCAAUGUGGAAAAGCUUUUACUCACAACUCGACUCUUAAAACCCACAUGCUCAUACAUACUGGAGAGAAGCCUCAUCAAUGUACUCAGUGUGGAAAAGCUUUUGCACAACUCGCAGCUUUUAAAAAUCACUUGCUCAUUCAUACUGGAGAGAAGCCUCAUAAAUGUGUCCAGUGUGGAAAAGCUUUUAUACAACUCUCAAAUCUUAAAACCCACAUGGUAAUACACACUGGAGAGAAGCCUCAUCAAUGUGCCCAGUGUGGAAAAGCUUUUGCACACCACUCAACUCUUAAAAACCACAUGCUAAGUAAAAGACACGGGAGUUUACAGUGUUCAGUCGGCAUUUAGCUUAUUGUAGUGUACAACCCCAAAUCAGAAAAAGUUGGGACGUUGUGUAAAAUGUGAAUA